UGCGCAUUACGAGUCUCUCUGAAGGUUGCAUCACUACACGUGAAGUUGGGCUAUUCGCGUUUCUUCGAAAGUUUUUCAUUAAUUCCGAUCGACAAAACGUGUAAAAAUCAAAAUGUUGGCUGCUGCUAGAUUGUUAACCCGUAACUGUACCGGUAUAACUUGCGAUGUCACUCGAAGACAGCAAUUCAGUACUAUUCUUAAAAAUGCUGCAGCACCAGCAUUUAUAGCACCCCAAAGGCCUACAGAUGUACACCAAUAUCGAUUCAAAUCGGAAGGUGUAAAGGGUGCAGUUGUUGGUAUUGAUCUUGGAACAACAUUUUCAUGUGUAGCUGUUAUGGAAGGAAAACAAGCCAAAGUUAUAGAAAAUGCAGAAGGAUCUAGAACAACCCCAUCUUAUGUGGCAUUCACUAAAGAUGGAGAACGUUUAGUCGGUAUGCCUGCUAAGCGUCAAGCAGUUACGAAUCCCGCGAACACAUUUUACGCAACGAAACGAUUAAUCGGACGAAAAUUUGAAGACCCUGAAGUUAAAAAGGAUAUGAAAACAGUUUCGUAUAAAAUUGUACGAGCUUCUAAUGGGGAUGCGUGGGUACAAGGUGGGGAUGGUAAAAUGUAUUCUCCUAGUCAAAUUGGUGCAUUCAUACUGAUGAAAAUGAAGGAAACAGCUGAGGCAUAUUUAAGUACAUCGGUAAAGAAUGCUGUAAUCACCGUACCCGCUUAUUUUAAUGAUUCCCAAAGACAAGCUACCAAGGAUGCUGGUCAGAUUGCUGGACUUAAUGUACUUAGGGUAAUCAAUGAACCAACAGCAGCUGCUCUUGCAUAUGGCAUGGAUAAAACGGAAGACAAAAUUAUUGCAGUAUAUGAUUUAGGUGGUGGUACUUUCGAUAUUUCAAUUUUGGAAAUACAGAAAGGAGUGUUUGAAGUUAAAUCCACAAACGGAGAUACCUUCUUGGGAGGAGAAGACUUUGACAAUGCGGUAGUUAAUUAUCUUGCGAAGGAAUUUAAAAAAGAUCAAGGUCUUGAUGUUGCGAAAGAUGCAAUGGCUAUGCAACGAUUAAAAGAAGCAGCUGAAAAGGCAAAAAUUGAAUUGUCCAGUUCUUUGCAAACUGAUAUAAAUUUGCCUUAUCUUACCAUGGACUCUAGUGGACCAAAGCACUUGAACCUUAAGCUUUCAAGAAGUAAAUUUGAAAGCCUCGUUGGUGAUUUAAUUAAACGUACCGUUCAGCCAUGCCAAAAGGCACUUUCUGACGCCGAAGUAACCAAGUCUGAUAUCGGUGAAGUGUUGUUGGUCGGUGGUAUGACAAGAGUACCUAAGGUUCAACAAACGGUACAAGAAAUCUUUGGUCGGCAACCAUCGAAAGCUGUAAAUCCUGACGAGGCUGUGGCUGUCGGUGCUGCAGUUCAAGGUGGUGUACUUGCUGGAGAUGUAACGGAUGUGCUUCUUUUGGACGUUACUCCUCUGUCACUUGGUAUUGAAACGUUGGGUGGUGUAUUCACGAAAUUAAUUUCUCGAAACACAACUAUUCCCACCAAGAAAAGUCAAGUAUUCUCUACAGCGGCUGACGGUCAGACCCAAGUCGAAAUUAAAGUUCACCAAGGUGAACGAGAAAUGGCUACCGACAAUAAGCUUUUAGGACAAUUUACUCUAGUCGGAAUUCCGCCUGCACCCAGAGGAGUACCACAGAUAGAAGUCACAUUUGAUAUUGAUGCCAAUGGUAUCGUUCACGUAUCAGCUAGAGACAAAGGAACUGGCAAGGAACAACAGAUUGUUAUUCAAUCAAGCGGUGGUCUUAGCAAAGACGAAAUUGAAAAUAUGGUAAAGAACGCCGAACAAUAUGCUAUGCAAGAUAAGAUUAAGAAAGAUAGAGUUGAAGCUGUAAAUCAAGCUGAAGGAAUUAUUCACGAUACGGAAUCUAAAUUAGAAGAAUUCAAAGCACAAUUGCCACAAGAUGAAUGUGACAAAUUGAGAGAAUUGGUUGCAAAGAUGCGUGAAACAUUGGGCAAGAAAGAUGAUCUGGAACCAGAAGAAAUUAAGAGACAAACGAACGAACUACAACAAGCCAGCCUUAAAUUGUUCGAAAUGGCAUAUAAGAAGAUGGCCGCGGAACGGGAGGGACAAAGCCAAAGUCAAAGCCAGAACCAAGAAGAUGGACCUACAAAGAAAGAGGAGAAAAAUUAAUUAUAUUUAGACAAUAUAUGUUUAAACAAAAACAAAAUUAAUUGCACACAGCUGUAGGAGUACGAGUCAGUAUCAUCCUGCACGCUAAAGUAAAACGCAUCGUCAUGUAACGUAUACAACAAAAUUGUAACGAUGCAUUUGUAGAAUCUUUAUUUUUGAGCAUGCGUUAUUGGAAGUAGUAAAUAUUAAUUUAAAUUUCAAUUUGAAAAGAAUAUAACUAAUGCUUUAUAAUUGCGUAAAGACUAUUUAAAAAAGGCGUAAAAAGAAAUUAAAAACUUUUAUUUCAAUCCGUACUAAUGAAUAAUUUAAAGAUAUUGAACAUGUAAAUGUGAAUCUUCGUAAAGAAGUAUUUUACAUAAUAUACCAUUUAAUUAGACUUUUGUAAUAGCAGGUCAAAUUGUAAAUUCUGUAUAUAACUGACUUACAUUAUGGCAUUUUCUGCUAAGAGCUUUUGUGUCGUUAUAUGCAAAAAAUGUUAAGGACAUGACAAUUUUAAACAUUUGGCUUAAUGGAAAAACAAUGAAAAUCGGUAGCUCAAUAACUUAACGAUACUGUCAUUAUGAAAUUUGUAACUACAGGAAUUUGUGUUAUUUCAUUUGGUAUGGGUGUGAAAGCGUGGAAGUACGAGAGAGUGUAAAUGAGUGUUCGAUGUAAAACAAAUUAUUCCUCAAAAAGUAUGCGACAUGUAGAUUAUUUUAGGAUAUAUUGUAUUAUGAUAUAACCAUGUUAUUAAAAUUUUUUAUUCGAUUCC